AUGUAUAAGUACCUGAAACUAUUUUUUCACAGAAUUGUGAAAGAUCUCAAGCAAAAAGAAUUGCUUCCAUUAAAGCUAUUAUUUUUCAUGCAUUCCUCAACCAUAUUGGUUAUGUAUCCCUAUUUGACCAUUCAUAUGAGGGAACUGGGGAUAAGUGUGGAGGAGACAGCCAUUAUGUCGGCGGUCACCCCCGUCAUAGCCAUAUUAAUGCCGCCCUUAGCCGGAAUUAUAGCCGACAAAAUUGGAAAUUUUAGGGUGAUGCUGGCGUGCUUUUCUGUUAUUGGAGGAGCCUCCUCUCUGCUACUUCUGCUUGUUCCAAUCGGUCGUAUAACAGUUACAUUACCAAAUGAAGUGAUUUUCGGAAUAUCAUGCAAGUCGAAUUUCGCACCCCAGUUGUCUCUCUACCAAGAACAUUCUUGUUUGCCGCUGUCGAAUACGACCAGCACGCAUACGCACUUGAAUCUGCAAUCGUGUGGAUUCGCUUGCAAAGCCAUUUUGGAGGACAAGUAUGUGACCACCGUCACCGAGACAAAGCAAUACGGCGUUCAAAUACACGAUAUCGAGAAAAACGAUACCUUAACUUACACGUAUUUGCUCACCGAUGAGGAUAUUCACGCGCCUGUUAGCCUGGUUAAAUCAAAAAAUCAUCUAAAAUUAAGCAACAACAUAAACUAUCUCACAUCGAUAAGACGACUCUCCAAAAAUGUGUAUUAUUUUCCAACAAAAAACUUCCUAAACUUCUCUUGCGACGUCGGAAACUCACGUUCAUCCGAUUGCAUUCUCGGUAGUUUGGACCAAAUUUUAAGUUUCAACAAACGAUUGACUAGCAGCUGGAAAAUGGGAGUGACACCAGAGCAGAUCAAGGAUGAAGAUAAGUUGGAAGAAAGGCAGCUGUAUCGCAUCGAUUACGUCGACUCGAUGGCAAACGGAAAUUUGAGCUGCCUCGAAAGCCACAUGCUCUCGAAGAAGCACAUAUCUGUUACGAUACCUCUGAACGCGUCGACCUCGAAAGUGCGGCAUUUGGAUUUGGGCAGCUGCGCCCCAAAAUGCAUUGGAACAAGUCCUAGAAAAGAACUUUGCUCGAACUCAAAAAACGUUAUUGAGCUCGACAUGCAAGUCACUUUCUGGGGUUACUUGUGUGUGAGGGUGUUUGUUUCAAUCAUCAGCGGAACUUCUUUUGCAAUGUUUGAAGGUGCCGUUAUAGCAAUUUUGAGAGAACACAAAGCUGACUAUGGCCUUCAACGGAUAUACGCCACUAUUGGUGGCAUGGUAAGCUCUCCCAUUUCCGGUUUUUUAAUUGACUACGCGAGCCGAGGAAAAGGCUAUACAGAUUAUAGUCCUAUAUUCUUUCUAUACGCGACGCUUAAAGUUCUUAGUGGAAUCUUGAUGUUGUUUAUCAAUUUGGAAUUCAAAAAGGCUGCAGAAAGCGUCGUUGCCGAUGUAAUGGCAGUACUUAAAAAAACUGAAUUGAUUGCCCUAUUUAUUUCAUGUCUGGUUCUAGGGUCUGUUUGGGGCUUCAUAGAAAACUUCCUAUUCUGGUUCCUGGAGGAUUUAGGUGGUUCAAAAUCUCUUAUGGGAUUGACAAUAACAGUCGGUGGUAUGGUAGGAAUUCCAUUGCUAGUUUUAUCCGGACCAAUCAUUAAAAAAUUCGGACACGCCAAUGUUAUCUUUAUUGGAUUUAUAUUUUAUGCUAUUAGACUUUUAGGAUAUUCUGUGAUAUAUAACCCAUGGCUGUGUCUCAUAUUUGAAGCAAUGGAGUCAAUUACUUUUGGCUUAAGUUUUACCGCAGCUGUUACCUACGCGGCCAAGUUAUCUACUGUCACUACGGAUACUAGCAUCCAAGGCAUGUUGGGAGGGCUAUACUACGGAGUCGGUAAAGGAGUUGGCAGUUUGGUGGGAGGAUACAUGAUUAAGCCGGUUGGAAUCCGAUCGACGUUUCAACUUUUCGCCCUGGCUACAACCUUUACUGGACUUGUCUAUUUUGCCUUCUAUCAUUUGUACAUGAAGAAGAAACCUUCCCAGGGAACGGAUAUAACAAGCGAAGAUACAACUGAGAAACCACCAAAGGGAUUCGAUAACGUUGAUCUGAAUGCAAAAAUUCCGGAAAAACCUGUGCAUCAAGACAUUCCUUUUGGCUAUGAAGAUUCCCUGUGCAAUCCGGCAUUUGAAACUAACGAAGACGAUUUAAAUAAUGAUUUAGCCGAUGACAAAGAAAAUAUAGAACAAGGCAAAAAUAAAACCGUAGUGUAA